AUCGAUUCAUCUCUCACUACUCGAGUCUAUGUCGUUGUAUUCUCCGACUAAUAUCUAAAGCUAACCCGUCGUUCGUGAAGAACUGCGAUCUACUCCUGCAAAUACCUAGCCUCUGGUCUCUAUUUUGCAUGCAUGAUGCGACACACAGCUUGAAACUAUAAGCUUUCAGAUUCAAUCAGCCUGGGUUCACGGCGGUGAGCGUGAAGUCUAACCUCCAUCUGAAUACGGACCACAGAUGUGCUCUCAUGCGACGCCGUUCUAAUGCCCCAAAUCAGCUGGAACCUUGACGAACGUGCUGCCAGUGCCCAAUGAACAUCCUUGGCUCAUACCGCCGAAGUUCGUCCGCCAGACGUCCCACAAGAUAAAUAGGGGGCGAUUUCUGCCGACACCAACGUCAGAGUCGAGCUCAUCGAUACGCUGACCGACGACAGAAUUAGUCGGGAUUCGGAACCCAACCGGGAUGCCCGCUUGGCGCCGGGGCUCACAGAAGCAUUCAAUUGGCACUUCUGUUCGGGCGUCGGAUGUCGUAAUAAUUUGUCUUUCCCAAGUCGACAUCGGCUACAAACGAUAUCAACGCUUCCUUGGCAAGGCCCGGUACCCGAAUCCUGGCCCAUGAACGUUGAACGGCGAACGCUACGCUUCGCUCAUCAUCAACGCGAAUCAGGAUUCGAAGACAAAGUCACCCAUCGAAUUUCUAUGCUAUCUUGUAUGAAAUAGAGCAAACCCCUCGGACGGAUUCUUUUGGAAACCGAGUGCAAAUUGCCAGGCCACCAGGGCAGCAGGAUCAGAAUAGCGACGCAUAAUGCUGAGCAUGCUCCUUGAACAUGCUAUGACUCAAUAUUACUGUAGGUUGUAGACGUCUUCACUUUGGUACAGCAGACAUGGUAUCACCUCAAGCCUUCAAACCAUCCCAACACUCUCGAACUUGGUGCAGUUCUGACAACUGUUGUGUAUAGGUAAGUAAUAAGCGAUAUUUUCUCUCCGUUCCACCGAAGGUAGUGGUAUCGACAUAUGCAUCCGGAUCCCUGCGGGUCGAUGCUCGCCUCCCUGGAUCGUCCCCUACCUCCGGCUCCAAGUUUAGCUGAGUACUUAUUAGGCUCUCUGCACCCCGCGUUUAUCAUGUACGCGGCAUCUACACGUUAACUAACCGCCUGUCAAUGUGGCCCUUCUUCUUCUUCGCCAUUCAGUCCCGAGUCCAGAUUUCCAACGGCAGGGCGUUACGGUACGCGAAACCUUCGCCCAGCGAUACAUAAACAUCUCCUUGUGUUCAUUUUUCAGGCGGAUCUUGCUCCCCCGACAUUUCCCUCCUGCGCCUCGCCCCACUCGAGGCUGACUCCUUGCUCGCUCCCUAGCAUCACGUUGAUCCACGUCCGGUAUGGCUAAUCCUGCUGAAGCAGCACAAGGUCCGAUCCUCAUAGGGAUCUUCAUCAACCUUAUUCUCUACGGCGUUCGAUGUGCGCAAGCGUUCAUCUAUUGGACGACCUUCAAGAAGGACCGGAUGUCCAUGCAGCUUUUCGUCGGGUUGCUCCUUGUCGCGGACACGGUCAAGGUGGUCUUUGACAUGAUUUACAUUUACGACGGCCUCGUCAUACACUUCGGAGAUGAUAGUUACAUAGCCGUGGCAAACUGGUUGUUCAACACUGACCCCGCAUUGAACGGAAUAAUCGGUGCUAUGGUCCAAGCGUUCUUUGCAUGGAGGGUCAAGCAACUCACGCGUAAUAACUGGGCAUUCGGUGCCAUUGUCUUCUUCCUCAUUACCGAAGGAUUGUGUGGAGUUGGAACCGCCAUCGCGUGUCAGAUCGUUCCUAACUUCCGGGACUUCCAGAGGUUUGAAGCCAUCGUCAUCCUUUGGCUAGCUAGUGCGACGAUUUGCGAUUGCAUCGUCGCUGCUUCUUUGGUGUACCAUCUGCAAACCCAAAGGCAAGGCUUCAGUGGCUCAGACUCGAUCAUCGACAAGAUCAUUACCCUUACGGUGCAGACUGGCAUGAUAACAGCGAUUUGGGCCACGAUAGACCUUGUUCUCUUCCUUACGAAUAGAGAUGGAUACCAUUUGAUCUUCAACUAUAACCUGUGCAACCUCUACUCGAACUGCCUCAUGUCUACGCUCAACGCUCGUACGUACUUCCGGGAUGCAAUUGAAAGCGGGAGGCCAUCCAUGAGUGCUCACACUCGGAAGUCCUCGAUGGCCAACGUCAAAGACCUAAUGGGUCGACCUAGCUACAACCCGAGACGUUCCCGCAUUCUGGUAGAAGUCGAAUCUCAGCGGGUGGUUGAGACCGCAAAAGCGGGCACGAUGGACUACGAGAUAGGAGUAGAUACCACGAGCAGCGACAAGACUCAAAGUUUGAUUGAGCCACCGUCACCCGCCAGUCCUACCGAGCGUGCUUACAAAGAGCGCUGGGCGGGGAAGCGAACUUCUUUCUUGGAAACAUGAGCGCCAGCCAUGCCGUACUGCCAGGUUUUCCUUUACCUCACGUUUCCGUUAUGAUGUUUCACGCCAAUGAUGUUUUGCCGAUACUUAGACUCACUUUAAUCUCUGUACAUACUACUGUUCACUCAUGAUCUUUCAACAAAUGCUAUCUUGGUUUC